GAGCUUUUCUCGUCUUCUUCACCAAUUUUGCCUUUUAAACAAAGAAUUUUUACUUCAAAAUUCAAUAAUUUCUCAUUACCUUUUUCUCUUAUAUGAUACCUACCGAAUUUAAAACACAUCAACACAAAAAAAAGCGUACUGUAAAAAUAAAAAGUAUUUUAACCACAUUUAAUAGUUUGAAUACCAGUCGAACUUUUAACCGCAAAAUAUUCAAAUUCAAACUCCGCGUAACCUAACAUAUGCCUAAGGUAAACAAUGGGAAUUAAACAUUUGUGGACUGUAUUGGCCCCCUUUUGUGACAGGAAGCCCCUUUACGAGUUGCAAGGCAAAACGGUGGCAGUAGAUUUGUCCUGCUGGAUAUGUGAGGCCCAAAAUAUCGCCGAAUAUCAAGUGCAACCUCGAAUGUACUUAAGAAACUUGUACUUUCGCACAUGCUACCUUCUGCUAAUGGACGUUAAUCCUGUUUUUGUAUUGGAAGGAAAAGCUCCUCAGUUAAAGUACGAUACGAUCAGUGCCAGGAAUGCCAUUCAAUUCAAAGGAGCGAAGCCAAAAAAAGACGGUCUGAAAACGGGCAAAGACAGAUCCAGAUUCCAUUUUGUGUUGAGACAAUGUGAGGAAAUGUUGGGCUAUUUGGGUAUAGCUUGCAUUAAGGGCAAUGGCGAAGCGGAAAGUUUAUGCGCUUAUUUAAACGACGAUGGUCUGGUGGAUGGUUGUAUUAGUCAAGACUCCGAUUGCUUUGCCUAUGGAGCUAAAGUAGUGUAUAGAAACUUCUCAAUUUCCACUCAAGGUAUUCAGUCAGCAAGUGGCGGAGCUGUGGAUAUCUACGAUAUUGAAAAGGCAUAUAAAGCUCUAAAAUUAGGCAGAAAGAAGAUCGUGGCCAUGGCACUUCUGAUUGGGUCAGACUACUCAGAUGGAAUUCAUGGUAUUGGCAAAGAUUCGGUUUUGAAAUUUUUCGAGAACAUCUCAGAUGAAGAGGUUUUGGAUCGACUGAGGUCAUGGAGGAAUAAUGAGAGCGUUUUCCAAAACCACGAGAAGCAAUUGAAUGAUAAAAAUAUCUGCACUUCUUGUGGGCAUAGUGGAAAGUUGCAGUCCCAUACCAGAAAUGGUUGCAAAAGCUGCGAAACGGCCAAAGGCUGUGAUCAAUUUAAAUACAAAGACGAGAGAGUAAGAGUGAAGAACGAAGUGGCAAUGCGCAGCAAAGCCAUGCAGGAUCCAAAUUUUCCCGAUGAGGCUAUAAUAAAGGAGUUUUUAGAUCGGAAGGAUCAUGUUAAGGAACUGGAGUUAACUUGGAAGCAACCAAAUCUUGUACAAUUUGUGAAAUUCACAACGAAAUUUCUGCAAUGGGAAGAAAUUUACUCAUUUCAAAAGAUUUUACCCAUAUUGACGCGAUGGCAAUGCCGAUAUUACAAAGUUCUCCAAACACAGCCAAAGUUAAAAGGCAUGUUGAAGGCAGAUCGAAUUAAAAAGGUCAGGAACCCCAAAGGUGUGCCUAGUUAUGAAAUCAUCUGGUCUGAUCCCAACGAAUACUUCAAAGGCAUAAUACCGGAAAAUCAAAUUGUGGACAGUAACAUUGAGCUGGAAAAGCUUUGGUCGACAAUUGAGCCUCAAAGUUUAGUAGAAACCGCCUAUCCCGAACUGGUUGAGGCAUUUAGACAGUCAAAAGUUAAGCCGAAAAAGGCAGGGAAACGGAAAAAGCGCGCCCAAAUUGAUGAAUUAUCGGAAAGCUUGGGGAAUGUAUCAAUUUCUGAGCCCAAAGUGAAAAAACCCAGAAAACCCAGGGCCAACAAAAAAGUCAACGAAAAGAAGGACAUCGAUGAGCUUAACUCCAGUCUUCAGCUGCUGACAAUGGAGGAAGAUCGUCCGGAGGACUGUGACAAUAAAAACGAAUUUGACGUGAGAAGAAAAUCGGUUCGGACAAAAACUUUGGACAAUUUCGUCAAAAGGGCUGUGGUGAACUCUUACAAUCAAAAAUCGUUAAACUGUUCAAUGCUGGAUAGGAUUUCGACGCCCAUCAAAGCCAAUAGAUGCCCUGAUCUUGACACAUCCUCAUUUGGAGAAGAUGAUGAGGAUGAUCUGGACCUAUCUGAAAUAAUCAAUGAGAUUGUAUCCAAGAAACAUUAUCCGAGUACCUUAAAGGUGGUUUCAACUCCUGAAGGAUCCGACGUUUUAAUGCAUGAUGAGCUCAGCAGAUCAUAUUCUUCAAGUUUCUUCAUAUCGAAUAACCCAGAUGGCGCCGAUCUCUUUGAGCAGGCCGUUAACAAUACAUUUAAUGAGGUUUUAAGAGGAAAUAGCAGCGAAAGUUGCACGGAUGAGGACGACUUGGAUGAUGAACCGAAGGCUUCUUCAGAAGCCACUCCGGAAUGUCCGAGUUCCGACGAUGAUAGUUUCUGUGUUAAACCCUACGUGCCAUUGUAUGAGAGACUGAAAAGGGUGUGAAGUUUUUGCGAGUUUGUGGGAAUUUGCCGUUUUAUUUGUUACUGAGCAUAUGAAGACGUUGAGUACUUUUGCUCUAAUUUCAAUUUAAAAUAAGGAACUGCGACUUGUAUAUUUUUAUUUACUA